UGUCUCUUUUGUCUUGGAACUCUUCCAAAUCCAAUUCAGGCUCCUCUCUCUCCCUUGUUUCAUCUCCUGGAUUGUCUUCGAAGCACUCUAUUUGACCUGCUCAAGACGUCUCGAAGGAUGUCUGAGCUUGGACCUCAAUGGUUCUGGCCAAUCACUGCCUUCUUAGCGGCCAAUCCUCCCAGCCAAACAGACUGCUCUCUUAUUCGCCCAUCCAAGUCGGAAACGCUAAUAAAUUCCGUGAGCGCUGGAUACUCUCCAUCGAAGUCUGACCGGGAAGGAGCGGACCUUAGUACCAAAGUUCGCUUUCGCCGUUACUGCAGAAAAAUGUCUGCCAACCAACCGAUUUUUUGCAAAACAAGCGGAAUCGAAGGAGACGAGUUUAUACGGUGGUCUUCAAUCCUUGAGAAACCAGAGCAUGAGCCCAAAUUUUUACUACAAAGCUCCUUAUGUCUACCGUCUAGACUUAGCCAUUCUGACAGACCCCAAAAUGUAUCCCUCUCUUUUACCGAGGUGACUAUUUGA